UGUCCGGGUAUUCCUCCCGCACCAUGAGGGCAAAGGCCAGGGCUCCGGCCGCUCCGAGGGUCAAGAAGCCCGUGCCGGGCAUCAGGAGGCGCUCCCCUGCUCCACCUGCCAAAGCAGAGACGACCUGAGGAUGAGCCCCAGCGCAGCACUGCAAGAGGAGUACGGCCGCUGCCUCGAGAGGGACUUCCGCCGCGGCCACACCGGCAUCUGCGCUGACCAAUCGCUCAAGGAGCUGCUUUGGCACCACUUGCUGGCCGAUCCGGACCUCCACCGGGCCCUUCGAGGGGAGGACACCUUGGCCACGCUGGCCACGGCUCUCCGCGGACACCUGGACCUCGGGGCUACCCUCCAGAACCUGACCAAGGCCUUCGAGGUGCUAGAGCUGGCAGCCAUCAACCUCUACUUCUUUCCUUGGCGGAAGGAAUUCGCCACCAUCAAAACCUUCUCCGGCGUCUACGUCCACGUCCUGCAAGGAGUCCUACCGGAGGCUGACUUAACCCGGAGCUUCCGCCGUUUGGGCUACGUCCCACGGGACGGCUUCCGCCUGGCCCUGGCCCAGCUCCCUCCGGGGCCUGCCCUGCUUGGCACCGCCUGCAGCUUCUUCGCCGCCCGCGUGGAGUGCGAGAUCCUGGGAAAGUUGGUGCAGGAGCUGGAGCCGUGCCUCCCGUCGCCCGAGGAGCUGCUCAGGGCCCGGAGAGAGUCCGCCGGCAGUUUGGAGGCCUGUGUAGCCAAGCUCCGGAGUCUGGUGCAGCGGCCGACGAGGAAAGAGGGGACCCCGGAGCCCCCCGAAGGGGUCGACCUCUACCAGGAGGGUCCCGAGGAGCCCCUUGCAGGCAGGCAGCUGCCCCCACUGCCACUACGUGAAUGCGGCGCAACCAGUGGCCCUUGGGAGCAGCUUCCAUGGAGACAGCCACUGGAGGAUAGGAGCAAGGGAGACUCGGAGGAGCCCUACGACAACGGCAUCCCGGACCCCGAGGAGCCCUCCCAGGAGAUGGCUUUCUCCUUCAUCUCCUUGCGGCGGGAGCUCAGCCGGGCGGCAGAGACGGACUCCUCUGCGCAGCCCUUGAGCCGGUUCCUGCCGCCGGGAGCCCCGUUCGAGAGCACCAGCUUCCAAGGGCAGAGCGGCCUGGCCUCCCCGCCGUCGAGGCUGCCCCGGAGCCCCCAGCUCAGCCCCCUCGACCCACACCGGCCGGGGCCCCCCUGCUACCACUUGCAUUCGUGCCUCUUCCCCGGAGCCCUGCCGGCCUCGUGUUGCAACACCUGCCGCUCGCUGCACGGCUCUGGCUGUGGCACGGCGCAGAUCUGCCGGGGGAACAACCAUGACCUGGAGGAGCUGCAGAGCGCAAAGCAGCAGCGGCUCUGGCUGCAGAGGACUGAGGUGGACAAGCUCCUGCACGACGGAGGAGGAGGAGGGCCCUGGCAGUCGUAGGUGACCUUUCUGCCGCCUGUGUGUUCAUGCCUCCUCCCCUGACCCUGGGAACUACUUCUUGGGACAUACCCCAACCAGCACAACUCUUAGAAUCCCACAUCAGGGACUCUGGAAGCUGUAGUUUGUGUUUAAAAUGUGCCUCUGCUCCACCACAGACAACGUGCACAAUUUGGGGAGCAUUACCUCUGUUUCUCAAAACAUGGCAAGGCCUUGAUGGUUCUUGGACACUGGGAAUCGUUGUUUCUAAAGUGUAGCGCCCGUUUACAUCCUCUGGUUACCUUUGUGGGAGAGGUCUCUCCUUGGUUCAGGUUUGCCAAAGAUGGCUCCAGUUGCAGGUCCAAGAGGUUGGGUUUGGGGUCAAGGAGGAGACAAUCCUAUUUACAGUAUUAGGACAUGCAUGGAAACCGUUUGUCUGGAUGGGCUUCUCUUCCUUGGGUCCACCCCAGAGGUCAGGAAAAUGGUUCUUUGUGGUCCAGCUUCCAGAAUCACCCACUGGGGUAUGCAGGUUGGGGGCCUCUGGGACAUGCAGUCACUUUUUCCAAUCUCUUUUGAAAUUCCAAAGACUGGCUGCUUCCCCAAUCCACAUUUUGAGGAAAGGGCUUCUGCAAGGCAGCUUGGCCGCCCCUUUUACCUGCUCUGGGCUUCUUUAGUCUCCUUUUUGGAGUGAGCGGGGACAGGGUUCCUUUUCAAACCAGCACUUAAUGGUCCUGCCCUUGCAGCAGGUCGGGACUCGUAUUGCCAUCCAAGACCCGAGUUGUGUCUAAGCCUUUGGCACAUGAGCCGCAACCGUCACCUACUUGGAGCUUAAUUUGAAAUAAACGAAGUAAAAGCCUG